UCUUAUGGAGUCUAAAAAAAACAUUUCAAUCCGAGGAGGAUUGCGACGGCGACGUGCGGCCUGCCUCUUUGUCUUUUGGUGCUUUAUUCUGAAUGCGACCGAGGCCCAAAUCCGCUACUCAAUCCCCGAGGAGAUGAAAAAAGGCUCGCUGGUGGGAAAUGUGGCCCAAGAUCUCGGUUUGGAUCUGAAAAGACUCCGUUCUGGGCGGGCCCGCAUCGUCACCGGGGAGAGCGUCCAGUACGCCGAGCUGAGGGCGGACAAAGGGCUCCUGGUUGUCCGUGAGAGGAUCGACCGAGAACGGCUGUGUGGAGACGUGACGCCGUGCAGCUUCACCUUCGAGAUUUUGUUGGAAAACCCCAUGGAAUUGCACCCCGUCACCAUCGAGGUGGUGGACGUCAACGACAACGCUCCCACUUUUGAAAAUAAUCAUUUGCGGUUUGAAAUAAGCGAGUCUGCUGCACUCGGCUCCCGUUUUAUUUUGGAGAGUGCGUAUGAUGCUGAUGUGGGGACAAACGGCGUGCAGAGCUACAUUUUGACACCGAGUGAUAAUUUUGUGUUAAAGCAACACGUCAGUCCGGGGGGAAGUAAAUAUGCAGAAAUGGUUCUGCAGAAAGCCUUGGACAGGGAACAACAGGCGCGGCUUUCACUUAAAUUAGUGGCUGUGGACGGAGGAAGUCCACAGAAGUCAGGUACAGUGAAUAUAGAUAUUAAUAUUCAAGAUGCAAAUGAUAAUGCUCCCGUCUUUAAUCAAUCCCUUUAUACAGCAAAAGUGAUUGAAAAUGCCCCAAAAGGGACCCUCGUUCUGAUUGUGAAUGCCACGGAUGCUGAUAGUGGCUCAAACGCACAAGUUACAUACUCAUUCUCAAAAUCAAAAGCAGGAAUAGCAGAUUUGUUUAAAAUCGAUGAGAUGACAGGAUGUAUAUCUGUAGCAAACCAAAUUGAUUAUGAAAAAGAUAAAAAAAUUGAAUUUAUGGUUGAAGCCAAAGAUCAAGGUGCAUUAACACACUCCAGCAAGGUGGAAAUCGAAGUCGUGGAUCUGAAUGACAAUGCCCCCGUCCUCAAUGUGAUGUCCUUCACGAGUCCAGUUUCAGAAGACUCCCCGGCCGGUACCACCAUUGGCAUCAUUAAUGUGAAGGACCAGGAUUCCGGCAACAACGGUCACGUGAGCUGUGUGAUCGAAGGCCGCGUUCCAUUUCGGAUGAAGUCCAGCUUGAGAAAUUAUUUCACCUUAAUGACAGACGCCGAUUUCGAUCGCGAAAGUGUGUCCGAAUACAACAUCACAGUUGUUGCGUCCGACGCCGGCUCGCCCCCCCACUCCACCAAGAGAACUUUUCAUUUGAAAGUUUCGGACGUCAACGACAACGCUCCUGUGUUUACAGUCAGCUUUUAUCGCGCCAACCUCGCCGAAAACAACUCGCCGGGUGCUUCUGUGCUGAGAGUGAGUGCCAAAGACCCGGACGAAAACCAGAACGCUCGUGUCUCCUACAUGUUGGAGCCUGGUGAGAUCGGGGGAACUCCCGUUGCAGAAUUUGUGUCCGUCAACGCCCAAAGUGGAAUUAUCAGCGCCGUGCGCUCCUUGGACUACGAGCAAAUCAAGCGUCUGGACUUUGUGGUGCGAGCGCAGGACGGAGGCUCCCCUCCUCUCUUCAGCAACGUGAGCGUGGGCGUCCUGAUCCGGGACCAGAACGACAACGCCCCUCAGGUCCUGUACCCGGUCCAGACGGGCGGCUCGGGGCCGCACGCCGAAAUGGUGCCUCGUUCGGCGGACGCGGGCUACCUGGUGACGAAAGUGGUGGCGGUGGACGUGGACUCUGGCCAGAACGCCUGGCUCUCCUACAAAGUGCAGCAGAAAUCUUCCCCCGACAGGGGGGCGCUGUUUGAAGUGGGCCUCCACAAUGGAGAAAUGCGAACCGUCCGCCAAGUGACCGAUAAAGAUGCCGUCAAACAAAGACUGACCGUCGUAGUGGAGGACAACGGGCAGCCCUCUCGUUCGGCUACGGUGGUGGUUAACGUGGCGCUGGCGGACGGCUUCCCCCAAGUGCUGAGGUCGGAGUUCGCCGACGAGGACGAGCGGGAGGCCGACGAGCGGCUGACUUUUUACUUGGUCUUGGCUUUGGCUGUGGUCUCCUUCCUCUUCGUGGUCUGCUUGCUGCUCAUCAUAUCGGUCAAAGUGUACAGAUGGAGACUUCGGCGUGAAGCGGCGGAGACGCGUCUGUACGGCUCCAACCUCCCCGUCAUUCCGUAUUAUCCGCCGCGCUACUACUCCGACUUGGGGACGGCGGGGACUCUCCCGCACGUCUACAAUUACGAGGCCUGCGCCACCGCAAAAAGUCACGUGACGAAUACGCAAGCCUGGUGA